UGUGGUACCGGCACAAAGGAGAUCCAGAGCUGUCUGAGCGUGAUGUGUGCUGAGUCAAAGCUCUUGAGGCUGUCAGAGGGAGAGACAAACUGAGGAAACAGAGAGAGAGAAGUAGGAACUGAGUGACUCAGUCAUUGAGUAAAAGAAAGGGAUAGAGAAAGAGAGAGAGAGAGAGGAUACAGACCCUGUGGACAAACACACACAUUGUUACACACGGACAGAGAGAGCACGAGCUCCACUCCAGCUUCAGUUGUGCUCCUGAGAAGAAGUCUGGUGGUUUGUGCGCAGGACCUUAUUGAAAGGUGGAAAGCUAAUGACAACUUUCCUGCUUUGGGACUGAAAAGGACAAAAACACAGGACUGAGUUUUGACAAAGAGAAGGGAUUUUGCCAUGAGGACAUCUCUCUAACGGAUAUGAGUGUGGAUAUUUCGUCUUAACUUGUGUGGAGUAAGCGGCUUGCGGUGGUGGAGGACUUCUUCUGUGAAAAGAGACACAUAUAAGUGACUGGCUUAUCUGAAAUGAACAACAACACCCCCCUGACUGACGCAGCAAACAACUCCAGCUGCGUCAAGAACGAUGGGUUCAAGUACCCGCUGUACAGUACUGUGUUCAGUAUUGUGUUUGUGGUGGGACUCAUCACCAAUGUUGUGGCCAUCUACAUAUUCACCUGCUCUCUGAAGCUGAGGAAUGAAACCACCACCUACAUGAUGAACCUGGUGGUGUCUGACCUGCUGUUUGUCUUCACCCUGCCUCUGAGGGUCUUCUACUUCAUCAACCAGAGCUGGCCUUUCGGGAGCGUGCUCUGCAAGUUCUCCGUCUCGCUCUUCUACACCAACAUGUACGGCAGCAUUCUCUUCCUCACCUGCAUCAGCGUGGAUCGUUUUUUAGCCAUUGUGCACCCUUUCCGCUCGAGGGCGAUCAGGACCAAGAGAAACGCGAGGAUAGUGUGUAUUGCUGUCUGGGUGCUGGUGCUCUCGGGGAGUCUGCCCACAGGGUUCAUGUUAGAGACCACUUCACGUAGCAACAAUGACUCCAAUUCCACUUUCUGCUUCGAGAACUUCUCCUCCAAGCAGUGGAAAUCUCACCUAUCCAAGGUGGUGAUCUUCAUAGAGACAGUGGGCUUCAUCAUCCCUCUUCUACUCAAUGUUUGUUGCUCCAUCAUGGUGCUUCAGACCCUGCGUAGCCCCCAGACCAUCAGUCGAGGGGGGAAGCUGAACAAGACAAAGAUUUUGCGAAUGAUAAUUGUGCACCUCUGUAUUUUUUGUUUUUGCUUCAUCCCCUACAAUGUAAACUUGAUUUUCUACUCUCUGGUCCGCACCAAAACUUUAAAAGGAUGCUUUGCGGAGUCAGUGGUCCGAACCAUCUACCCAAUAGCCCUCUGCAUUGCCGUAUCCAACUGCUGCUUUGAUCCCAUUAUUUACUACUUCACCUCAGAGACCAUCCAGAACUCCAUCAAGAGGAAGUCUCAGGUCAGCCGUUUGUAUGACGUCAAGUUCUCCGAGGCCCUGCAGUCAGAAACCAGCUCCAACCUGCACUGCAGCCUGAAGAAUAUCAAAGCUAAAGUCUUCCACAAUGAGUCCUCAGUGUGACACUCAACAUCAAAGAUAUUGAAAUCCUUCCAUAGAAAAACAAACCUCCUUGAGACAAUGGGAAUGGAUUUUCUUGGAGUGCUUUCUGAAGCACCUGCCAAAGAAGUAUUAUCUUCAUCUCAGGGCGAAUGUUUGGGCCUGCCGAUGACAGCCUGGGCUCUGCAGUAUUAAUGCUACAUGACCCUUUGUUCACAUCUGUGGAUCUGUUUUAUCUACUUAGUAAUUUCCCUUUCCUGUGGAAUAUACUGUAAUUGUGUUAAGCACAAUUACUCUGUCAGUGACCUGGAAGGGAAUGUUAUCACUGAACAGCAGGACAUCUGUCAUAUAUUGAAUGCAACAUGUGCCUGUGUAUCUGUACAUUUCCAUGGUAAGUUGUGGUGCUAACUUUAGAAUAUUAUCUAUUAAAUUAACAUAAAGUUAUAUCAAGCUUUUCACUGUACAGGGCUCUGUUUUUUUUUUUUUUUUUUUUUUGACUCACAAAUAGGUCACAAAAGUGCCUUCUUUGUUGCUGUGGCAUUUCUUUAGACUCAUUGUCUUCAUUGACCUUUGAAUGCACUGACAGACUUUAACUUACUGCACUCGUGAUACAGUAAUGAAUAAAAGUCAUGUACUGUCUAAAACAAA